AUGCAACGAGUCACGGACGUAUUUCGGGCAAUUCGAAACUCGGUCAAAUAUGGCGGGCAAAAGACAAAGGAGCAGAAGCAUUUUGAAAAGUCACUGCCACCAGAAGAGUUGGGCGCUUAUAUUAAGUAUCAAAAAGCAGAAAGGGCAAAACAGAGUGGAUUCGAUUGGAACUCUGUUGGCUUUUCGAUGCUUUAUAAUCGAGAGCGAGGCUCACUCGCCUGGGCGAAGAACAACAUCGAUCCAUCGGGAAAAACUAAAGCCAAAUUUGUGAAUCAGAAACUGUUCUCUGAAACUGCUGCGAGAAGAGAACGCAUUUUGUAUACUUUCCGAGAUAUAAAUGAUUUGGAGUGGUGGGACAUGAUGACUGACGAGAAUAUCGAGGGCUUUUCUAAGUGUAAGAUGACGAUGAAUGAAACUGGCACUGGUGUCAUGUGGUAUGGUCACUUGGAUACGAGAGUUCCGGAUAUUGACUGGGGAAGACUUUCGAUGUGGAAAUCCUUCGCGAUGCUGUACACAAAAACGUGGGAAAGAGACUACGGUCGUCCUGAUAAACUGAAUCUCAUCGAAUACAAUUGUUUCGAAUUCCGCAUCCGAGGUGAUGGUCGUCGAUACGAGUUUGACGUCCAUGGCAAUCGAGUUUUCGAACAGUCAACUUCCAUGUGGUCUACUCCAAUUCAUACAAAAGGCGGAUACGAAUGGGAGACGAUCCGAGUUCCAUUCUACCAUUUUUAUCAGCAGCAUAAAGACGCAAAAGUGCGAGAUCAAACUUAUCUUGCCGUGGAAGGUAUCUGGGGUUUCCGCUUUCGACUUCAGGACGAUGUUCCUGGACCGUUUAAAUUGGAGAUUGAUUAUGUCGGCGUGGCCUAUGACUUCGAAUUCAAGACAUUCUCUAAUGACCACUACGAACAAGUGAUGGAGCAAAUGCUCGGAACUCAAGAGAAGUUUUACACGAAUACACAGUCAAUUCAAAACCACUUUUUCCAUGAUCCUUACAGAGCGACGCUUAGAAGGACGACAAAUGUCAAUAACGAUACCACUGCAACUCGUCAAGAAACUCUAUAUGGUGGCCAUGGAACUUUACACUGA